GGCGCUUCGGAGUUUUUCUUCAUCCAGGCUGUCUUUAAGUCGCACGAUAUGGUUGAAAAAAACACCAUUCCUUUGUCCCAAAGAGAAAGAAGACUAUCCUGGUCACUCAUACAGUCUUUGACCUCUCCCACUGUCUCUUUCGGAUGUAGGGAAGAUAUAAAUUCGGAUAAUUUGAUUGGUUUUGGGCCCUUCGUGGUCUGGGUUCUGUCCAUGGAGAACAGAAAUAUUCGGGAUGCAGUGAUUUCACCGAGAUCUCCAGCAUGUAUCGUCCUUUAGAAAUUCUAAAACCCUUUGACGAUUUCUGAGCGACG